AUGGAGUCAAGGUUCAUGGUUUCGAGGCUGAGCACACAGCAAACCAAUAACAUUUCAUAUGUAGACAAAUUUGUACUGUUGGGUUUGGUAUCAACUCCUAUAUUAGAAAAAGUUCUGUUUGUGGCAUUUUCUGUUAUAUAUACCAUGACAAUAUUUGGGAAUCUCACUGUUAUUCUUAUAAUUCGCUUAGACUCUGAUUUGCACAAACCAAUGUACUUUUUCCUGGCCAACCUAGCCUUUUUAGAAAUAUUCUAUACUACAUCUACAACUCCCAAUACAUUAAAAAACUUUCUACAAAAAAACAGAACUAUAUCUUUUGUUGGCUGCUUUACUCAAAUGUUCUUCUUUAUUGGCCUGGGGAGUGCAGUGUGUGUGCUUCUCUCAGUUAUGGCCUAUGACAGAUAUGUUGCUAUAUGUCAACCUUUGAGGUACUCUGCUGUCAUGAUUCCUUCCUUCUGUAUAAGACUGACAGUGGUGUCUUGGAGUUGUGGAUUUUUUAACGCUUUUGUGCAAACUAUUUACACAUCGAUGUUGCCCUUCUGCAAAGAUCGUGUAAUCCACCAUUUCUUCUGUGACAUUCCAUCACUAGUAAAACUCUCUUGCAGUGACACUGAUUUUAAUGAGUUGGUAUCUAUUUUAGUUCGGGGAUGUGUCCUGAUUGGUAGUUUUAUUUUAACUGUUAUUUCAUAUAUUUUUAUAUUAAGAGCUGUUUUAAGAAUUCCCACUGUGAAUGGGAGAAAGAAAGUAUUUUCUACAUGUGGAUCACAUCUCAUAGUGGUAACUCUAUUCUUUGGGACAGCAAUUAUAACAUACAUGCUUCCAGGCUCUUCUUCCUUUAGUGACCAUAAGAGAGUACUGUCAGUAGUGUAUGGUGUUCUGACUCCUCUUAUUAAUCCUCUCAUAUACAGCUUUAGAAACACAGAAUUCCAGCAUGCAAUAACUAAAAGAACACAAUCGAGAUAA